AUCAAUCACCAAUGCUCUUAUCAGAAAAACACAAAAAUAUUCAAAAUACACGUCGGUAUUACAUUUUUUUCUCAAAUUUUCGCGAUUUUCCGUUAAAUAAUGCAUUCGAUUUCGUCGUAGGUAAAUAAAACCCCAGUAUGUCUUCCAAGUACUCAAUUCUACUACCAACCUACAACGAGAAAGAAAACCUGCCGAUAAUAAUAUGGAUGAUCGUAAAGUACAUGACAGCCAACGACUACAGCUUUGAAAUAAUCAUCAUCGACGACGGCAGCCCAGAUGGUACUCUCGAAGUGGCCAAAAACUUACAAAAAAUCUACGGCGAAGAUACCAUCGUGCUACGUCCACGUAAAGAAAAACUCGGCCUGGGGACAGCUUACAAACACGGUAUAAAACACGCCACCGGAAACUUCAUCGUAAUCAUGGACGCUGAUUUAUCUCAUCAUCCGAAAUACAUUCCUCAAUUCAUCGCUAAACAACAAGCCAAUAACGCAGAUAUUGUCACCGGUACUAGGUAUAUCGGCGAUGGUGGAGUCAACGGUUGGGAUUUUCGUCGGAAGUUGAUGAGCUGUGGUGCCAAUUUCCUAACCCAAUUUCUACUUCGACCCGGAGUAUCGGAUCUCACUGGAAGUUUUCGAUUAUAUAAGAAGCCUGUUUUGGAGAAACUUAUAGAGAAUUGCGUUUCGAAGGGAUACGUUUUUCAAAUGGAGAUGAUCGUUAGAGCUAGACAGAAUAAGUAUACUAUUAGCGAAGUACCUAUCGCUUUCGUUGAUCGAUUAUACGGUGAAUCGAAGCUCGGAGCUUCGGAAGUCGUUCAGUUUGUUAAAGGACUGCUGUAUUUAUUCGCUACUACUUAAUAUGUAUAUUGUAUGCGUUGAGAGCAUUUUUAUUUUGUAUUUAAUAAUUGUGAUAUUGUAUAGUUUUUACAUUUGAUAUGUUUUAUCGGUAUUUAACGUCUAUCGUGAACUGUUGAAAUGCGAAUUUGAUGAAAUAAAUCAAUUCAAUCGA